AUGGGUAGCCUAGGGCCUCCCAGUCCUGGGGAAUUUGACUUUGUCGGAGCAUCCUGGCCUGGCCAGAUAAUAGCAACGCCACCAAUAGCCCAUCGGUUUGUGAAGCGGAGAGUGUCCUGUCCUGCACGUACGGGACUGUAUGCUCGGAUCAAAGCUCAGAAAUCCUUGGAAGAAAUAGACAACUCUCUUCCCAGCACUGACUCGAAUCGGAACUCGAGGGGUGAGGACAACCCGAAUACCGGUACUGGCUCGAAUCAGAACAUUGGAGGUGAAGACAAAACUACCACUAGUUCUGGAGCCGGAGCAGACAAUCUCGACAACAACCCCGAGAAGGGCGGCUUUCAUACUAGCACUGACCGCAAUCGUAACUAUGGGGAUAAGGACAUGACUACCCCUGGUUAUAGAGCCGGAACAGACAAGCUCGACAGCCCCGUGAAGGACAGCCCACUCACUAGCACUUACUACAAUCGGAAGUUGAAAAUGGGCAAGGGCAGCCUUUACCUCGAUCGGAAGUUUAGUGGAAAGGACAGGAUUGCCACCAAUUCUGGAACCGGAGCAGACAAGCUCCACAAGCCCGAGGAGCUGCCGUUGAACCCAGUCAAUAGACCUGUCGGUGUUGCACCAAAACUUACCAAAGCUAGGGUCAUGGAUCAUUUUGGCGGUGUUGCCUUUAAUCUUGCUUUGAUGGCUUCAACUUGUUUGACUACUGACAACAGGACGGUCAAGCAUGAUGAACCACCUUCUCAAGAACAGGAUUCACCAACUCUUUGGGAAAGGGUCAAAGGGCUUCGCCAUAUUCCAGGAUUAAUGUGGGGCAGUUUUACGAAGCUUUGGUCUCAAGAAAAUAUCGACGCUUUUAAAAGGUCUUGGAAUGACCUUAAGGAAGCCUUCAGCGAAGUCCCCGACGCUGUAAAAUCUAGUGUCAAGGACCUUAUAAGUGUUGAAAAUCUUGAUGCAUUUGUAGAGUCAUGUAAUGAUCUAUCAACGGCAGUAAAGGAAAUUCCAGCGGCAGUAGAAAACGGGGCGGCUGAUCUUGCAAACCUGGAGAAUGCCGAUGUAUUGGGCCGGUCUCUUGCGGACUUUGCAACAGCAAUAAGCGAAAUUCCGGGAGCCGUAGAAUGUGGCCUUAAUGAUUUAAGUCAGGCCCCAGGUGAUAUUGCAAUAGCAUUUCAGAAGGCUCCUAGACAAUUAGCAGAAGCUGCUAUAGCAUUUACAGCGGAGUUCGAUAAAUAUGUAAGUAUUCCUAAUAUUACCUACAACCCUACAAUAGAAACAAACUAA